AAUUAAAAAUAUAUUAGUUAGUUGUGUCGUUAUUUUAAUCAGCAACGUCAUGUUCUUAAUCCAGAAAAGUAACCUUUCGACUUACCUGAUUUCUAGACGACGUCUGAUAUUAGCGGUCCUCGUAGCUGUUGUGUUCGUGUUCAGUAUAAAAUACUUGACUUCAAAUGAAAAGCUUACAGCUGCGGAGGAUAUUUUACUGUCCAGCUCAAAACCUCCGCCAGGAAGAACAAUUUUUUUUAUUGAGAGCAGCUGUAAUCGUUCAGAUUUCCAGUACAAUGUGAUUAGUAUGAAAACGCAUCAGGCCUGUGGCAUUGAAUCUGCCGCCUUGCAUAAUCCAAAAUUCCAAGUAUUUGUUCUGUUUGCCUGCCCCACCUAUCGUAACGAAUCAAUGCCCAUCAUUGAUGCCCUUUUAAGCUACAAAAAUGUGCACUUUCGGUCGCUAAACCUGGAUCGCUAUGCAGAAGAUACGCCUAUCGCGGAUUGGCUGAAGAAGGGCGAUCUACUUAAGUCAAGUUAUCUGAAGUUUCAUCUAUCCGACCUACUACGUUUAAUAACACUUUAUCGCUUUGGCGGCGUCUACAUGGACAUGGAUGUGUUACUGUUACGCAGCUUGGAGGAUGAGCCGCUAAACUUUGCAGGUGCCGAGAGAGCAGAUAGCAUCGCCAAUGGUGUUAUAGGAUUGGAACCCAGUGGCUUUGGCCAUCAGCUUGCCGAAUUAUUUCUGCAGGACUUCCAGGCUAAUUAUAAGGGCGACACGUGGGCCCACAAUGGACCCAUGGGCUUGGUGCGCGUAUUGUCAGAGGUUUGCGGUACGAAAAAUGUUACGCUCAUGGUGAAUAAUCGCGAUCGCUGUCAGGGCUUUAAAGUGUUCGAUGUUAACGCAUUUUACGAGAUCCCAUGGCAGCAAUGGAGAUUUUUUUUCCAGCCAGAGACCGCGCUUCUCGUGCUUGGCCGCACUAUCAACUCGAUUAUGGUGCAUAUAUGGAAUCACAUAGUCACGGAAUGGCCCCUUAAAACCGAUUCAAUCAAUGCCUAUAUGAUGUGGGCAUCGCAACAUUGUCCCAGGGUCUUUGCGGCCGCGGGAGAACUAUUUGAUUAGGCCAGAUAAAAAUCCUCACAUUUCGUUUUCAAUUGAUUCCAUGGGUAUAUUCUUUCAGGAAUGAUGACAAAGUAUUUUGUUUUAAAAUUAUUGUGUUCUCUCUGAAGUGAAUAAAUUAGGAAUAAACAUUGUAUAA